AUGCCGCCGUCAUUACCAUAUGCCGCCGACGUAGAGUCGCCGCUCAAGCCAGAGGAGCUGCAAGUUCUGCGAGCGCAGUACGAGAAAGAGGGUGAAUAUGUUGGUCUGCAGACAAAGUUCAACUAUGCAUGGGGUCUUAUCAAAUCCACGUCCCGUCCCGACCAACAAGAGGGUGUGCGCUUGCUCUCCGAGAUCUUUCGCAACUCGCGGGAGCGUCGGCGCGAAUGUCUUUACUACCUCGCCCUCGGCAACUACAAGCUCGGCAACUACGCAGAAGCCCGACGGUAUAAUGAGCUUCUGCUAGAGCUGGAGCCCGCAAAUCUGCAAGCCGGAAGUUUGAAGAGCCUGAUCGACGAAAAGGUUGCGAAGGAGGGACUGGUAGGCGCUGCGAUUGUGGGAGGCAUCGUGGUAGCGGCGGGGGUGGUGGGGAGCUUGCUGCUGAGAGGCGGUCCGCGAAGGAACUGAACAAUGACGGCCAUGGGAAAGUCGAUUGUCGCCAGCUUCAGCGCCAGGUGAAGGACGGCCAAGACAGACUUUGCGACGUGAAUACAUGCACAGGCGUUGGUGGGGUUUAUACCUUUGGCCAGGCUAGUACAACGUCAUGGCAUUUUGAAUAUCUGUACAUACAAGGCUCUCCUACUGAA